UGGAGGUCUCAAAAUGGUCGGAUCGUCCCUGAACUGCACAUAUCCUGACACGUAACCUGGUUUUACCACAAUGACCGUGUUGAGUGCUGGUCCGAUAGCAGCAGGAAUCCUAAAUACUGGAAAAGGUUUUAACGAGAGAAAUUAGUCAACAAAGCUCGUCUGUGAUUGGCUGACAAGCUAAAGAUGGCCCACCUCUUCCUGGCCACCAAGAUGGUCCCGCCCGAAGACGGCGCCAUUAAGAUCCCCACCAUGUUCUCCUACGUGAAGCUGGGCGGCGACAAGCCCAGGAAAGACCACGCCGUCGUCACGACAACCUCGGUGCCGCACGUCAACGAGGCCCAACUGAGCGCUGCCACGGGCGGCGCCGAGAUGUCCUGCUACCGCUGCACGGUGCCAUUCGGCGUGGUGGUGCUCAUCGCCGGCGUGGUGGUGACGGCGGUGGCGUACACCUUCAACUCGCACGGCUCCACCAUCUCCGUGCUGGGUCUGGUGCUGCUGGCGGCCGGGCUGGGCCUGCUGGCGUCCAGCGCCGUCUGCUGGAGGGUCCGACUGGGCAGGAAGCGGGACCGGAGGAGGGAGAGCCGAGCUGCCCUUGUGGUCGGUCCGGGGUACUGCGAGGCAUGAGGGGGACUUGGACCAACUGGAACCUUUGGCCACCUCACCGGCAGAGGUCCAGUUCUGGGCCGACCAUUCCGCUCAGAAUCCAUCCUCCAUUGAAAAACGGAUAUGAAAAUAUUUAUACUUAUAUAUUUCAAAUUCAAUUGUUGAAAGGUAUGAAUCAAUUUAGAAUAGA